AUGACUUCGGCCGAGCGUCUUCGGAAGAAUCCCGAUGCCGAAGCGCGCGAGGUCAACAGGCAAGUCGCCGUUUUGAAGGCUAAGGAAACUGAACUCCGCCAGCUAGACAAGGACGUUCUCGACCUCACGGAAGAUGAAGCUAUUGAAGCCGAAGUCGAGGGUGCAACCGACUAUCACGAUAAGAUUCUGUACGCGAUAGCUGACGCGCACUUCUUCUUGUCUCAGCGAGAACAGUCGACUCAUCUCAGCGAAGCGUCUAGCAGUCGAGCCAAUGGCGACCGGGUAGCAGCCACCCAGAGCAACAUCGCAUCUGCUGAGGCGCCGCAAGGACCAGUCAGCACGCCACGUUACCGGUCUGUCGCACUUCCGACGCUUCAAGUCCCGACGUAUGCCGGCGAUUUACGUCAGUGGCAAGAAUUCUGGGACCACUACAGCGCCACCAUUCACAAUAAUAUCGAGCUGCCACCGAUCGAGAAAUUCAAGUAUUUACUGACAUACCUGAGGGGAGCAGCCAAGCGAGCGAUCGAAGGCAUCAGGCUGGCCGACAACAACUACGACAUUGCUGUGAAGACAUUGAAAGAGCGCUUCGGUCGACAAGAAUUACUAGUCAACGAGCACAUCGACCAGCUUCUUGCAUUGUCGCCCGUGAGGAGUUCAAAGGAAGUGGAGAAGCUUCGGGUGCUGCAUGACACUGUGCGUUUCCGCGUAAGUGCGCUCGAAGGUCUUGGUGUACCACCUGAGCAGUACACUGUGGUGCUGCAUCGGGUGCUAAUGAGGUGCUUGCCAGAAGACUUGGCGAUAAUGUACCGACAGAAGAAGAAGGAGGAGAGCACGCGCGGUACUAAUGCAUCAGCAGAGCCCACACCCCCUGAAGCGAGAACGCACAAGGCGACCGAUAUUUUAGCGUUCCUGAAAAUACAGGUUGAAGUGCGUGAGGAGGGAAAGCAAGCAGCGCCGUCGUUGCAUCCUUGCCACUCGACCAUGGUACCUGAUGACAUGAAUUCGCCGACAAGAUCUGCGCAUGCCAUUCCACCAGCAUCUGCGCUGGUUGCGACGGAGUCCCUACAGCAGCGCACUCUGUCUUGCGUACUGUGCAACAGCAGAGCUCACAGCCUCGCAGAAUGCACAGCCGAAAUGUCUGUCGAAGAGAAAAAAGCCAGGUUGCGCUACUCUCGUUGCUGCUACAGGUGCGGAACGCGCAAUCAUGUCGCGCAAUUUUGCCGAGUUUCCCGGAAUUUCACGUGUAACAAGUGCCGACGCCGACACCUAACGGUCCUCUGCGAAUUGUCACGCGCUGUCGCAACGACCGCUUCUCCAAGAACGACUGAGCAGCUGGUUACAUCUGGCACUACUCCACCGACAGUAACCACGGCCUCAACUGGCGAAAAGGGAGCCAAGUCAGUACUGCUUCAGACAGGUCGUGUUUGGGCGGAGAGCGGACCACGACGACUCCUGGUGCGUGUGAUGCUGGACAGCGGCAGCCAGCGUUCGUUUAUCCGCACCGACGUUGCAAAGAGAUUGCGGUGUAGAGCCCUUGGCAUCGAAGAGCUAUCAUUGGUGACGUUCGGAAAUGCAAAGCUGCGGCAUCAAUUGCGCUGCCCACGCGUUUCUGUCACGCUGCGUGGACGAUUCAACAACAGCACCGUUACGUUGGAAGCACUAGAGGUACCUGAAGUAUGCUCCGCGACAAGUCCACCGCUGGACACUGAAGUGCUCGAGUUGUUGUGCGCCAGGAAACACGAUGCUGCGGAUCUGUUCGAUCCAGAGACUUGGCACCCAGAUGACAUCAGCAUCUUGAUUGGCUCAGACGCUUACUGGAAGUUUGCCACCGGAAGCAUCGAUCGCCUCAGCGAGGGACUCACUGCGGUCGAAACGUCUUUUGGGUGGACCGUACAGGGAACAAGCUCACCUCACGAGGCUGCAACGACUUGUGCCCUCCUCAUGUCAGCUGGUGUGGAGUGCGACGAAUCGGCUAGGUGGCGCCUCGGCACGAUUAGUAUUGACAACUGGAUGCCAAAGAAAACACAAGAACUCGAUAUGUUGGAGCAUUGUCUGAGCAGACAUGCCGGAUGUUACCAAGAGCCUUCCAUGAUUACGGAGCCUCGUAUCCCUGACGAUAGCUUGCCCACCCGCCACGACGACUGCUUCAAUCUGCUGGUCGGCGGAGCUAAUAGUCCCGCGGUGCUUCCUGUGGUAUCCUCGUCGUUGGACGCACCGCCUGAACAUGAGGACUUGGAGAAAGUGGACUGCUUAGAGGAACUGGAGGAGGUUGUGACUGAGCAAAGGGAGGAGCGCGUAGACAAGGAAGAGAAAGCGCUGCUUCUGCCUCGGGAAGAGAAGUGGAGGGUCCCGAAAACGAAGUCGAAGCAAUACCGCCACCACGCGAACCUACUAUGGGAGCUUCUCAACGAGGAUAUUCCUACAGAGCAGCGGGAUAGCCAGGCAAAGGGACUCGCCACUGAUGGCGUAAACUCAUCCGAAGGACAAGCGUCGAUCUCGGGAGCCUUCGUGAAAUUCGAGAUUUCGCAGGGUUCGGGCCGCAGCAAGAAACGUCGCUGCAGGUAUCCAGGCACUUCGUGGAGAAGACUCCAAAACGCUGCAGUAAACCGCCUGCAGGAGAACCUGAGUGCGGAUUGCACCAGCAAUGCCACACCCAGGUGGAAACGCCGGAGAUGCAGGCGCGCAUCAUUUAGGCUGUGCAAGAACAGCUGUCCAAGUGACGUGAUCACAUCACAGACGAGAUAG